GGGGGAGACACUGAGCAAUGAGUCCAGGUUAGGACGGCAGCAGAAAUCUCAGCACAGUCGGUCUGACAGGACCGCAAACCAGGAGUCCGUUAGCUGAAAAAACAACAUGUUUCAUUAGUUAACCAGCUGAGAUAGUUAGUAAGUGUCUAACUAUGAGAGAAGAGUCGAUAAUGUAGGUUUAUUUUGUUAAAGAAGGCUCAGCGUAGAAAGAGUUUGGACGAGUGUUGGCACGAGUGGGUCAAGCUAACUCUGCGUUAGCCACAUUAGCUCGUUUAUGUUUAGUCUGGAUAAUCUUCUGAGUUAGAAAGUCUAACCUAAUUUGACGAGGCCUGACAGUUACAGCUCAGAGUUUAAUUAAAGUUAACGAAAGGAGAUAAUUAGAAAAGUUAAAGUCAAGACGGGAAAUGAUGUCGUCGGUGAUGUUUGAUUCUGGGGAGCAGUUUUGACUUUGGGCUAACCUGGCUAAUCAGCUAGCUCCUCUGCUGCUAACAUGGCCAAGAUCGAAAACGGCCGAAAACUGUCAACAGCGGACACCAGGAGUAUCCAGACUGUGAGCAGCGCCCAUCUGGACGACGAGAGCUCUCUGGGAUCAGACUCUGAGAUAAACGGCUUCACCAGCGACAGACAGACCGAUAAAUAUGGAUUUAUUGGAGGGGCGCAGCAGAGCCCGGAGGGACAGUAAGUCUGACUGAAGACUCUCUUUACACAUUAAAAUUAACACAAUUACUGUUAAAAGUACAGAUCAGGACUGUAGAGGGUCAGCAGUAACUGUAGUUAUGGAGACAAACUUCAGUGUUGAUGUUGGUGUUGUCCUGGUGCUUCUGCACAACAAACCUCCAAACCAGCUGCGUGGCACAGUGAGAGUUUCAGAGCCUCUGAUUCCCUUUAAAACGAGGAUAAUACACAGUUACCCACCUCAACAUGACAUUAUACAACUCAUUUAUCUAAUGCAACACAGUACUGUAUCUCUGCCAUAAAGAAACUCAUACAUUUUCUACUUUUGUCAACUUUUAUGGCCAAUUUGUUCAUUAAAGCUCCAGUGAGGAACUUUAUCCUUGUGCCACUUUAAUAAUAACAAUAAUAAUAAUAAUAUUAAUAAUAAUACACUUUAUUUAUAUUGCACUUUAAAUCUGAGAAAACAGAUCUCAAAGUGCUUACAAAAAAGGCAAUAGUAAAAACAAAUAGAUUUUUUCUUUUUUUAAAUCAUUUGCAAGGAAAGGUCUGAACUAGAUGAGCUUUUUGCUUCAUUCUGUUCCUUCUCAAACUGUUCAUUUUUGACAUACAUAUGUUGUGUUAAUUUAUCUUUGACAUGUACAGUUGUUUGGUGUACAUAUGUAUUAUUUUGUUUGGCGUUUUUGUUUCUAGUUUUUUUUUUUUUUAGUUUGAGAUAAAUAAAGGGGAAAAAAAGAAAGAAAACGACCAAUAAACCAAUAUUACCUUUAAUGAAAUGAUUUCAGGCAAAAGUACUUAUUAAAACUCCUGUGAAGAGUUUUUAACUGUUAUGAAAUUGACCGAAGUUCAAGUCAAUUUCUGUUUAUAAUAAACAAAAGUAAUCAUAAGCAUCAGUAUCAAGAUUGGUUAUUUUUACACCAUACUUUUUAAUAUCUGAAACCAGUGCAAACAGACCUGAUUUUACUUUUUUUGGUUUUAAAUAUUCACAAAAAUUAACUCUUAAAAUUCGGACUGAGAAGAGUUAAAAGAUACAUGCAGGGACAAGAGGAUCAAUGACUACUUUAUCCACAGGGGGCGCCAAAAUUUACCAAAACUAAAAGUUUCUCACAGCAGCUUUAACAUUAAAAUCCAUCACUCACUCAGUAUGUUAACAUGUUCGGAAAAUCUAUGGCAGAGGAAACUGUCAUGUUGUACAGCUGUAAUAGUGACAGUGUUUAAAUUGUUCAAUAUUCUCUGUUAUCCACUCACUGUUGUGUCUGAUUGUUUGAACAGACUCCUGCUCCCUCACAGCAGUUUGACAGUCAAAGUUAUUAUAAAACGAUAUUGUAAGUCUUGUUGCUGAUGGUCUGAUUUGCAUUUAAAGGUCAUCUGUUGUUAAAGUUGUAUUUAACGAUGGUGAUUUACUGAAGUGGAUUACAAUGAAAGGUGUUCCUAAAUGGAAAAUUAAAGGAUAAGGCACACUUCAGCUUACCAUCCAUAACAUCUGAGGAAGGAUAGAGUAUGUGAAUUACCUGUCUGAUAAUAUCAGCAAAAACUGAAAAUGUUAAGGCUUCCCAAAAGUAAUGACAUAUCUGUUGUUGUGGAUUAUAUCAGGUUGUCUUGGUCCACCUAAUGUUGUUGAAGGUGAGUGUAAAUGCUUGAGGAAACCAGAUGAGGAUGGGUUCAAAGUAUGUGGCUUGUUUACUUUCUGAAUCAGUGAUACUCUCUGUCUGGUUUGUUUAUUUUGUGUGUGUCUUGUCUAGUCAGUGAAGUCAUUUAUUCAUAGCCUCUGAGACAAGAGACAGUGUUUUUUUUCCUCCUCCUCGGAGGGCCUCUCUCUCUUUAGUAACUGGAGGCCUGAAGCCUAAAUCACAGCUCUGAAAAAGUGAAAGAAGGAGUGAGUGAAAGUUGUGCCAAGCGCAGGCUGGCUGGGAGUUUCCUGUUUUCAGGAGUUCUGGCAGACUUGGAGCCUCAGAUUUGGUACCGUGUUUGCAGAGGGCCUCUUUUGGCUCCUGGUUUUAUAGGUGGUCACACACCCAGGUUUAACUUCCACUAUCUGGCAGUGAUUGAAAGUAACUCAUCUUUGGGAGCUGAAACAUAUUGUCGUUGCGUAUAGCCUGCUUCUUUUUUUAAACUCAAAGAGGGCUGUCCCACAUUAAAAGAAAACUCUUUGAAGAACUCUGAGCCGCACAAUUACAGACUAUUGCCAAUGAGAAAAUUACACAGCUGUGUGGAGCGCCGUACCUCCUCCGUAACGUGGGUUACACUUAUGUUUUCUUUUUCCCUCUGGAGAACAUAAUGUGCAGUCCUGAAAUCAUUCUCAGAUGAAACUAUAUCGCACAUACAUUCAUAUCUUUACUGCAGCUGUUGGACGUUAAACAGGCGUUACCACCAAAAGCUAAAUCUGUGUUUGUGUCUCUGAUGAUCUCUUUGUAGAGGUUAUUUUUGACUUCUGCGUGAGUGUUGGCCACACACUUCGAUCUUAUUUCACAUGUAGAGUGACGGACAGCCUUUCUGAGGAUCUUUUCUUUUGUCUGCUGUCAAAAACUGUCUUUUUAUGAAAACUUAUCUUCUGAGAGAGUGGCAGCGUUUCGCAGACCUGCCUCCUAAGAGCGCACUAAGUCUCUUAAACUGGAGCUAUUUUAAGAGGCUGAAACAAACAUGACAUAAAAGACUAUUGAACAGUUUAGUAUUUCAAUAAAUCAAUUCAUAUAACCAGAAUAGCCUAAUCCUAAACCUGUAUUUGUUUAUCUAAACUAUAAACUCAAAGAUGCUUAUAUAACUCAUACGUACUGCCUCAGGCUGUGAAAGAACAACCUUUAUAUCUGCUGGAGCGAUUAAAAUAUCAGAUUUUCAGGAUUAUUGUGGCUGUAAACGGUUUUAUUUGGGUGUUAGGAAAAAACAACAAUAAAAACAACUGAAUAAAAUAAAAAUAAGGGUGAAGCAACACAUGACCUCAUGAACUUUACUGAAAAUGAUUCACUCACAGUCAUUAUCUAUUUCUGAGGAUGUUCAAAUUUAUGAAACUUCUCUGGAAAAGACAUUUCCUCAUAGACCAGCUGUUCGCCCACACAUUUACUUUUAUUUUUAUCUGUCUUGUUUUCAGGUUGAUUUAUUUCCUACUUUGUGAAACUGCUUUUAUUUUGAAAUACUGAAAGAAAACAUUUCAAGAACAGUUAGAAAGCAUAACUGUUUUAUUUCUCUAAAUUUUAAACCAUGGGCGGCACAGUGGUGUAGUGGUUAGAACUGUCGCCUCACAGCAAGAAGGUCGUGGGUUUGAAUCCUGGUCAGGGUGUUUAUGUGUGGAGUUCUCAUGUUACUCCGGUACUCGGGGUACUCCGGUUUCCUCCCACACCUCAAAAACAUGCAGAAGUGGGGUUAGGUUAAUCAGCCACUUUCAAAUUACCCGUAGGUGUGAAUGUGAGCUUGGAUGGUCAUUCGUCUCCACUUGUCCAGGGUGUCCCCUGCCUUCACCUGAAGAUGCUGGGAUAGGCUCCAGCCUCCCGAUGACCCCAGGAACAGGAAUAAGCAGUAGAAAAUGGAUGGAUAGAUGAAACUUGUAAACUGUAUAAUUCUUAAGAUGUGCCUUAGUCCUGUGGUCAGUCGUUGGAAGAGCGAAUGUGAAAGAGAAGAAGAAAAUAUGUUUGAUAUUUAACUUCUAAAAGUCAAAGAGUAACCUCCGUCAUAUCUGCUUUUAUUUUAGUGAAUUUUCUUUUUGCUGUUGAGUCGAUUUAAAAUCUUCUUAAACAUCUUAAACUUCAUCUGUGGCUCUUCUUGACAUUUUAUUAUGUAAACUCUGACGCUCUGGGAUCAGUCUAGGAGGCAACAGGACGCCACAACCAUGAGACAUGAAGAGGCUGCAGGGUUACUCUGUGUUUGAAAAUAUAGAUGAUAACUGAAUACAUCAAGAGAGGAAGUUGGUACUGACUUCCUGUUAUUGUCUUUACUUCUGUAUUCAGUAGUAAAAGUAUUGAAUGUGUCAUUUCUGUCAUUUUUUUUCCUCCAGAACUCGAGAAGUCCCUCCAGAGGUGCUCAGGCAGAGGGAGGUGAAGUGGCUGGAAAUGCUCGCUCACUGGGACAAAUGGAUCAUUAAGAGGUUCAAUAAGGUCAGUACCAGGUCCUGACUCUGUGACACAAAGUCUGAACGGGUUUUUCGACCUGAUCUGGUUCCAGAUUGUUUUCUUCACCCAUAUCUCAGCUGGAAUCUCAGUUUUCUCCAGGCUGCAGUUUUUCCCUCCCUCUAUAUUUGUACACAUAAUCAGACGAGGCGGACGGCGUUUCCCCAAGUAUUUGAUUGCACAAGGAAAGGACUUUUGUGGACACAUUGUUUGCAGCGUCAGUCGUCGGACUGGUUUCUCCGCGUUACGCUCUCAGCACUUCAGCACAGACCCACAAGUUUACCUCAUUUCCAUGAGUCAGCAGCGAGGCAGGACACGACCCAUCCCUUUAUCGCACCAUGUGACAAAUUGACAGUCUCAGAUUCAGGGUGGGGCUGUAUUUACUUCCUUUGAGAGAAACCAUGUAAUAAAGGUGCUCGGAGUUUAAAUUAUAACUGUCCCCAAAUGCAACACAGACUCCUACUUGGAAAAAACACCUCAUGAGGAGAAGAAACGACAUUUCUGAGCUGUAAGCAGUUUUCCUCCUUCUGUUGAAUUAGCGAGCUCAAAGGUCCCUGAUCCCUUCUUGUCCUCCUUUAGUCCACAAUAACCGUUGUAGUGGUUUUAAUCCGUAGGGAGGGGUUCACCAGCAUUUUAUAAACUGUAAAUCAGAGUCAAAUCACUAUCAGUGGUUUAUUGAAUCACUCAGAUACGCUGAGAGGUUGUGUCAACAGAAGCUUGUUACUUGGAACAAGAAAUGAAAGCUACACCCUUCGCUGUAACACCACCCACCACAGAGAUGUGGACUAAUUCUAGAGGAGAAUCAGGGUCCAUGAAAGUCUCGACCCUCCUCUUCAGGAAUAAAAGGAAGUUUAUUAUUAAAUAGUUCAGCCGACAUUUCUGUAACUUCAGCAGGAUGAAGUUCUGCUUCAUGCCUCCGAGGUGACGAAGUUUGUAGAAAUCUCUCGUGUCGGUUAUAACCUGAGGUGUAAUGUGCUUAUCAUGAGACUGAUAACCAACCUUCAGGAGCCGACAUGCCCUGGCAGUAAAAAAUCAAACACUAAAUGUCCAGAUUUAGAAUUGAGAAUAUUACACUCUCAUUCAUCAUCAUAUACAGGACUACAGAGUCAGUUAUGUCACACAGUCGCCUGAUAUCUAGCCAAUCAGAUUGUGUUGUGGGUGGGACAAAGUAGUGCUGGAAAGUAGAGCCAAAGGGAAUGAAGCGCUGACAGCAGAGCAAAAAUAUAAAUUAUUUUAAUAAAUUAUAAUAAAUGUUAAUUAAUUUUUAUCAGCCGUCUGUGAAAUUAAAGGUCGAUCCAGAUAAUCAGCUGAAUAUUGGCUCUUAUAAUCGGCCUUUUGCUGAUAAUCAGUCGACCUCUAUAACUUCAGUUCUGAAAUGAUUGUUAUGUGAACGAUGCUGAGACACAUUUGCAAUCUAAGAUAAUUUAGUUUUGUUUUGAAACGACCUUGGGAACUCUGACUGAAGCAUCAGAAUGAUAGGAGUUUGACCUUGUCUUUACCGCCCGAUUAUAGGAAAGAGUACGUCUUCAAACGCGCUCUGUGAUGUGAGUGUGAGAACAGGGGGAGACCUGAGGUGGAAACUGAUCAAUGCAGGUCACAACAUUUAGGCAGGUCUGCAUGACUAAUGUCAGUCAGAAUCAUGAGAAUUUACAGUUAACAGUGAUGUAGUGACAGCUGUUAUGAAUGAGUGAUCCUCAGCAUGUCUAAGAGGAGGAGGAGGAGGAGGAAAGAAGCAGCACGUGUUCAAAUAUGUCUAAAAUGAUCCAAGUCUUUGUUUUUGUCUUUCAUUACUGUCUGUGCGGUGUAUCUGGACCUUUUUACAGCUGACUGUGCAGACAUCAUGUUGCUAUCAUUCAAGAUACCCGUCUCUAAUAAAUGGUCAGUUGAUGUGAUAUUAAAGGUCUUUGGCAGCGCGGCGUUUGAAAACACAACCACAAAAGGAACAAAGUCCAAGUUUCAGGGCCGGACAUUUUCAUAUUGACUGUACAGACUGUACGAGCUUCACCUCUGACCUCCUUAUUUCCCUUUUCUCUUUCUUCAUGCGGUGAAUUUUGAUCCUCUGGGGUUCAGGUGAGGCUGAGGUGUCAGAAAGGAAUCCCUCCGGCCCUCCGUGGUCGUGCCUGGCUCUACCUGUCAGGGGGGAAGAUGAAGAAAGAGCAGAACCACGGGAAGUUUCAGGUCAGAGAGUCUCGCUCUUUCACUUCCUCACCACUGCUGUGUUUUUGCUCUAUUUUGGUCUCAUUUCAAUUUUUACAUUUCAUCCGAAACGCUAACUGAAACUGGUCAUGCCCCAGGAGCUGCUUUUAAUGUCAGUGUUGGCAGCUACUUUAGAUUGACUACAGCACCUUUGAGUUUUUGUCACAUUUAAAUAUAAAAUAUGUAAAAUUUUCACCAGAGAUGUUUGGAUUUCUGUUCAGAGAUGGUCGUUUAAAGUUGUUGUUAGAGCUUUUGUCGACCCACCCAGGAGGUUCUUCCUCUGUUGAGUCUGUUUUAGAGACUCUCCUCUGUCUGAGUGGGCCUCAAAGCUGUCCUGGUGUUAUAAAAGCGUCUCACCUGAAACUCUUUGUGUUGAUUCAGGAGCUGGACAGCCAACCCGGAGACCCCAAAUGGAUAGAUGUGAUUGAGAAAGACCUCCACCGUCAGUUUCCCUUUCACGAGAUGUUUGUGUCUCGAGGAGGACACGGGUAAGCUGUCCGAUAAGAAGUGACAUUAAACACUGAUAAGUGAAGGUAAAGUGGUUUUGUAAACUCUGAGUGUUGUCACCGUUGACAGGCAGCAGGACCUGUUCCGUGUCCUGAAGGCCUACACUCUGUACAGACCCGAGGAGGGGUACUGCCAGGCUCAGGCGCCCAUCGCUGCUGUUCUGCUCAUGCACAUGCCUGCCGAGGUACGCCUCCUCCUCCUCCUCCUCCUCCUUUACCACCAACACCAAAUAAACUGCCAUGUUUGGUGCGGGUGGACCGUCACCAUGUGUUUGUAAUAGUCUGAAGACUUUGUGGUGUCUGUCUGUCUGUCUGUCUGUCUGUCUGUCUGUCUGUCUGUCUGCAUGAGCGCUUCAACACAAAGCUCUAAAGUUUUCCGCCUUUAAGAGUCAAACCCACCCAAAUAUAACAAUCACACAUGGCCUCUCUUUUAUUUUUAGAGAAUUUCCAGAGCUUUUUUUACUUUGAGACCUUGAAGGAGACUAUUUUUAAGCUGAACGGCUCAGAGACAGACUGUACAGAAAAUGUCAGCUGGAGAUAAAUCUUUGAGCUGCUGCAGAAAACAACAGAACAGCAGCCGUGGUGACCGUUUCAACGCUUUUUUACUCACAGUUUGAAGCUUUUAGUGUCAAUGAAGAAGUUUUCUCUGUAGGAUAUUGUGAACCCGUUAAUUAGAUUUAGUUUGAGUCAAUUCAUCAUUCUCAUGAAGUUGUAAAAAUCAUCAACCUCCCCUGUGUAAUAAACUGCUCUAGAGAAAAAUACUCAAACUGAAUCAGUCCUGGUAGAUUAUAGGUUCACAUUCUUGUUCAUGUAUAAAACUUUGUGAAAUGACCCUUUAAUGAAAAUCUCUAGACUGAUUAACUCGUGUAAUAACUUGUUUUUGGUCAAACUCGAGUUAUUUUCUGCUUUAGAAACUGAAUUAUGCUGCAUUUGAGUUUCCUCAGAAGUCAGAUGUCGGAGCUGAAAAUGACGUCACACCAGAGUUCACAGCGUUUCAGUUACCAAGUCGGAAAAAAGCAAAAUCGGAGGCCUGAAACAAGAUGGCUACAUCUACGCACGCUAUUUUAGUGCUUUCCUUAGAUUCUGACUUGGUAACUGAAACGCUGGGAACUCUGGUGUGGCGUCAUUUUCAGCUCCGACGUCUGACUUCUGAGGAAACUCGAACGCAGCAUAGAAGAGAAUAUCCAGAGAGGAGGACCAGUGGUUCAACAGUUUGCUGAGGCCCCAAAAACAGAUGCUUCAGUCCCUGUCACUGUUUCAUCUCCGUGUCGAUCUUCUUCUGUCCUUUCUAAUAAAUACAAAACAACCAAAAUGUAAUUGUAAAACUUAAAUAAGAACAACAGUUGAGUAGGUCAUGUAAAAAUCCAGUGAGAUGUUGUUCUGCGCUAUCACAGAUGAAAUGAACCCACAUAGACGUGAUGCUGCAGAGAGUGUGGGUUUGUUUUUGUCCUGUAUGUGACCUGUCUCACAGGAGGGGUUUGGGAACUCAUUCACAGUUUUCAUGGAUGAGAUUUUAGGAUUAUUUUAGCAGUUCUAGGUAUUUUUUCUGUUAUUAACCUGCCCUCCGUGUGAACGCUCAGACCUCCUGUAAGUCCGUGAAUGUUUCUCUGACGUCAUCUUCUGUGUGUUUCCUCAGGACGCCUUCUGGGGGCUGGUCCAGAUUUGUGAGAAGUAUCUUCCCGGCUACUACAGUCCCGGCCUGGUGAGACUGAAACACCUGAAACUGAUGAUGACAUCUCUAGGUGUUGGACAUGUGCUGAGAAAGUGACGUCAUGUGACUCUGUUGUUCCAAGAACUAGAAUCCAGAUGAAUAAUCUGGACUUUGUUCACUCUGCAGCAGCAACAAGAACAACAACAACAACACUCACACGGGUUUCACAAUAAUCACAGCCAGUGUGGAAAACAUAGUGAUGAAACCGACAACAGGGCGUUGUCUGCUCCGUUAGAUCAGGAUUAAACUCUGGAUUAUUUACUCAUGUUGGAUUACAACAGGAUGAAUUCAGAGAGGUUUAUUUUUAGUGAAUAUGUGUGUGUGUCAGGUGUCGUGUGUCAGCGGACUCUUUUCUUUUCUUCUCAAUCUUUUCGACCUGCGUCUCUUUCAGGAAGCGAUUCAACUGGACGGGGAGAUCCUGUUCGCUCUGCUGCGCCGCGUCUCCCCGUUAGCUUACCGCCAUCUGGAGAAACACAAGAUCGACCCCAUCCUCUACAUGACCGAGUGGUUCAUGUGCGCCUUCUCCAGGACGCUGCCCUGGGCGUCUGUGCUGCGUGUCUGGGACAUGUUCCUCUGCGACGGUAACAGUUACUCACAACAGCAUGAACAUCUGCAGUAUCUGAGAAGUUCAUCGCUACGACGCUUAACCACAUGACUCUGCUUGCUCUAUUAGGGGUGAAGAUCAUCUUCCGUGUGGGUCUGGUGCUGCUGAAAUGCAUGCUGGGUACCCGGGAGAAGCUGAAGGCCUGCCAGGGCCAGUAUGAAACCAUGGAGCUCCUGAGGGCCGUGGAGCCUCGAUACAUGCAGGAGGGCUUCCUCGUCCGAGAGGUAAGAGCGACCUGAUGAAGUGACUCAGUCAGUCCGUUACCGUGACACUCGAGAAAACCGAAUUAUCGCCUUAUUCCGAUAAAGACCGGACAACUGAAGGUCAUGUAAACACCUUAGUCCGACUAUAAUCAGAGUUUGAGAACUCAGAUUAAGACACCCAGAUAAUACGAUUGGAAUUCAGUCAGAGUAUGACAAUGCAUGUGUGCCACGCCCCUGUAACCCCGUAACCAAACCCCCAGAGUAGAGGAGUAGCGUUGGUCUCCUCUUUAGAAAAAGUAGCGCGUCCAUCAUGUCGGACAAAAACAACGCUGUACGAUGCUCCAUCUUCUCGUUUCUCCAAAAUGCCCAGCAGCAGUUGUAGACACUUCUGACGUCUGACACCGACCUGCUGUUGUUGUUGACGGUUGGAUGGGGUCGGAAACAGGUGAAACAUGUAAACGAGAACAAGGAGAGAAGUCUGAUUCAGAGAAAAGGACGAAUUAUGAGUUUAGUCCGAUUAAACUGUGACUGUAAACGAACUGAGUGUCACAGAGGUCGGCUGGAGGAGCUGCUGCUGUCAGUCUCUAGUCUCCCAAAUGUUAACCUGUAAAUAAGAUGAUAAACUGAGAAUUAUUAAAAUGUUUAGGCUUUGAAAAGGUCAUGAGGAAUCAAACUUUUGAUUAAAAAGAGUGAAGAGGUUGAAAGUUAUAAUCAGUGAGAGGAAACAAAUCGAUUAAUAUAGAAGAGCUUUUAUUUUCAAGGUAAAGAUUUCAGAAAAACGAUCAUUAAAAAACGGUUCUUUAAUUCACAUUAUAAACAUCAGAGGAGGGACGAGAACGUUCUGGAAUAAAACUCCUGUAAACUAGUAUUAUUGAAUUAAUCUCAGACUGUAGAGACUCAGCUCAGUCUUUUUGGUGUUUUUACAGUGUUGUAGAGUGAAGGUAUCUUUUAGGGCCAAUAAGGAUGCUGCUGCUUUGUUUGGUUGUCAAAUAUAAUCCUCAUGUGAGGCGUCUCUCUUACAUUUGCCACAUACUGGGAAAUUACCAUAACCUGGAAACAUCCAAACCAGCAGGACUAAUGGAAAAGUGAGAAACUGCAGGUUCAUAAACAUCACAGCGUGCACUUCUCCUCCUGUGUUUUUUCAUGACAUUGAAAUGACAUUGAAAUGUAGAAAGUCCAGGACAGAAACCGUCUUUGUUACCGCCAUGAUAUCACCCCGGUGUAAUCCUGUAACGGCGUGUUAGAGUGUUGUGUCAGCCGCCGACAGUGGGUUUUCAUAACUGCAGCCGAGGAAACAGACUCUGAGUAUUGAAGUGAAAUAGAGACUGAUUGAGCCGAGUGUUGGCUGCUCAGUGUCUGCUUCCUGUGCCCAGCUUUGUGAGAGUCUCUGUCCGCCGUAACAAAGCCUCCUCUCAGAAGACGGUUGUCCUGACACCAGCCCUGAGGCUCUGUGGCAUUUACAGACAAAGAUCACAUUUUUACACAAUGCUCAGGCAUGGGAGAACAUGCUGUAUUUUCCAGCAGAGGCCGGUCAUUUCUUUUUCCUCCUGUUUCCUCUGAAAAGGAUCUAUAUGUUACUGACUCAGCUGUGACCUGCUGACGUGUCUCUUCCUGUUGCAGAUCCUCGAAGUCCCAGUGACGGCGCGAGAGGUGGAAAGAGAGAAUCACACCCAGCUGAAGCGCUGGAAGAAGAACCGCGGAGAGCUGAACUUCAAGUCACCCCCGAGGAUGCACGGCGCUCGCCUCAUCAUGAUGGCUGAGCCGCCGAGGCGCCAAGACCUGCAGCAGAACCCCACCAUCGUGCUCGAGGUGCCCCAGCCCACCCCGAAGCUGAAGAAGGGCAGAGAGGAGAAGAAGAGUAAGAAAAAGAGGAGCAUUAAGAAGUCCCAGCCCAUCGAGGACAUCCCCAAUCCAUACUCUCUGCCCACUGACCUUCCACCGCCGCCCACCACUGCCCCAGCCCCGCCCCCCGUCAGCAGCAGGACCUUAGAGACCGUGUCAGAGACUGAAACAGACCCGACCGACCAGCAGCCGCCUGCAGACCCUCCUUCUGCCAAAGAAUCUCCUCUCAAGCAAUCGACGAACAGCCUUAGCAGCACAGAGCAGGACACCUACCUGUAGCUCUGCAGCAGAGUGCCGACUCCUCCUGUGUGCGCGCGUGUGUGUUCGUGUGUGUGUGUACCUGUGUGUUUUGAUGAAGCACCAGCACUCUACAGCCAACAACCAGCCUGCCUUACCGAGCUCUCUGAUUGGUUGGCAUCACUAUUACUCUCCUGUUGGACUGUUGUGUAUUCAUGUAUUCAUUUAAACCUGUUUUGCCUACAAUAUUAUCAAUAUCUACACUAAAGCAUCUCCGCUGAGUGUACGUCUUUGAUGCUAACGCUGUUUCUACUCUUGGUGCUCUAGACCACAAGUCUUAUUUUUCUGUUUGCACAGGAGACAUGUUACUGAGUCUUUGGGAGGCGGUUUAAAGGUUUCAGUGGGAGGGGCCACAGCUUAGGCUGUUCUUCGUUACAUUUCCCUUCAUAUUCAACACUAUUGAGUACUUAAACUGUGCAACAAGGGGCGUAAACUCGUGUCUUUUUCUGAUGCCCUUAUUUUUAAUUCAGGGUUUCGUCCACUAGAGGGCAGCCUUGCAGAGUUACAUUCUCUCACAGCAGAAAUCAGGUUUCUUUAAUUUGGUUUGGGAGGUUUUCUCUUUCUGAGGUUGUUUUUAGUUGGAAAGUUUGUGCAUUUCAUCAUCGUACCCGUGCGCACGGCGUCGUCUUUUUCUACAAGCACUAUUUAUUUAAAAAGAACCGUUUCAGGAUGACAUACCCUGCUGGUGCACAGGUGGUCUUAUUUUCCCAUCAGCUGUGGAACUGAUGUGGUUUAACUCUGUGUGAACUCCAACACUCACUGUGCCAAGCACUUUGUGCCACUUUAGAGCAGCACUAUCUCAUGAGUUUGGCAGCGGAGAGGAGAAAACUGGACAUUCCUCACUGUAAGACACAUUCCUGCCUUGUUCAAUCUAAUCAGUGAAAAGCUGUGUCUGGCCAAAUGCAGUUCUGUGUCAUGUAUGUGAUUGUGCUCAUGUUUCCUGAGUUAACUUGGACAGUUGGUGGUUUGAAAAUCGCUCACUGUGCCUGACCUCCAUGUUGGGAUUCGUUGAAUAUCCAGUCGAGGCCAAGAAGAUCCUGUAGUGUCAAGUUUUCUCAAAUUAUGUGCUAGAAUUUCCAAAGCAGAUAAAGACAGUGUUGUUUUGUGAUUUGUUUGACCGCCACCUGUGAUCAGGUUUAUUCUGUUGUUACAUCGAAGAGGCAUCAUGUGAUUUCAAGGUAUUUUGGGAUAUUUUUAUCAUUUCUUCUUACAAAAAAAAAAGAGCUGGAUCAUUUCUUUGGGAGAUAUGGAAAUAUUCAGGGUUGGGGGCUCUUUUCGCUCCUUUCAAACCUUUUGGACAAUCUCUGUUUUCUAACUUUUAUCAAAAUGCCAAAAGGUAAAGGGAGUCUGACAAGCAUGAGGACCCGUGUUAAAUGUGUUUAAUACUAAAAGGGCCUCUGGUAAAGAACAAAAAAUGUGUUGGUCUAUUUUAAAAGGUAAAGAGUGGGUUUAAAAAGAUUGAAAAAAAAAAAACAUUUUCCUUAUGCAAUAGUUUUCUAACUGCUUAUAUUACACCUCACAUUUCGCUGACGCUACUUUUUAAUUUAAUGCUCAUUGUGUAGAUAAAACAUGUAAAAUAACGAUUUGUUUUGUAAUGAAAUCUAUUUUUCAAACUUUAAUGCUAUAUUUUAUUGUUACAGAAACUGAUCUCUGAAUCAUUUGAAAAGAUUUGAUCGACAUUUGUAACACUAGACAGAAAUUAAUCAGAAAAUGAAGAGUAAGUUUUUUCAAGUUUUCAAGUUUUCUUACUCUAAUGACAUAUUGGUAAAAUAUUACCAUUCACAUUUGGGAUAUAUGAGACAUAUAAGCAAGCAUGGGGCAGUAUGCAUUAUCAUGAGUUUCAAUUCUUCAAAUAAAAAUUUCUGAAAAGCUGAAAAA